CAACGCAAAACUGACGCGUAGACUUGUCCCAUCAGCCGCUAUCUGCUGUGGCCGCUUUACGAACACCGAGGCCUUUAUUUUAAUUUUUUCCCUUCCCUGAGUGCUGCCCCGGACCUGACACCUCCCAGGGGACCCUAUAGAGCAUCUGUCUACUGAGAUAUGAUACCAGAACUGUCCCAAUGACGUGUACAAGAAGAAGGUGGACUUGCCGGCAGCUUGGUCUCCUCAGCCUGGGGAUCUUCAUUGGGGUUGGCUUUUAUGGGGUCUUCGAGUUUCUCUUCGGGUCGCCGCCACCACCAAAGGUCACGUUCUAUAUCGGCAAUGUGACCGCUAUGUACCCUCCGCAAGCAGCACCUAACCUGUCCCUCCCUACUGCUGGCUAUGCAGGCACCGGGGAGAGAGUCGGGACGGAUGUGAUGCAGGUGGGGGACAUAAAGCCAAACUGCGGCCUGGAGAAGGUGUGCCCCGACCACCACUUCCCUGUCCACGUGUAUAGCGGCAAGAACAAGGAUGACCGGCCCAGGGUGUGCAUCUCAGGGAAAUAUGUCAUCGAGAAGGACGUGAACAAGGGCGGCCGAGGGUUGAACCUGGUGGUGGUGGACCCUAAACAAAUGAAGGCAAUAUUAGCCAAACAUUUUGACACCUAUGCUGGAGAUUCAUCACAACUGGAGACCUUCUUGUCACAGGAGGUUCUCGAGGGGGACAUCCUGGUGGUGGUAACCUUCGAUGAGGCCUCUAGAAAUCUCAGUCCUACUGCCAAGAACAUGUUUGCAAAAUUGGGAAGCGGCCAAAUACAGAACCUACAAUUUCGAGGCCAGUGGUUCAUGGUAACACGGAAAGGGAUUAAUGGAUUCAGUCCAUUUGAAGACCUAAAGGCGUCAAAAGGUGGCUUGUGGACCCCCAUUGAUGAAAAAUUCUGUGUGUCAAGACAAUUGCAGGGUCAGUCCAUCAUGCCAGACCCUCCCGUGGACCAGAACCCGGAGCGCCUCAAAUUCUGCACCGCACACCCGCACGUCACCGACUUCUGCUCAGUGAGCCACCGGGAGAUGCCACUGCGCCCUGCCAUCCUCACCAACCAUCAGAUAAUGGGCAGUGCAAUGUUCACCACCCCAAUCAUGGUCAUUGCCGGCACCAGGGGUCACACGUCGCUCUCUGACCUCACCCUGACCCUGCAGACUGUCCUUGGCCAGCCUGGGGUGCAGAAUAAGUACGUGGUGGUGGUGUAUGACCCACGCCACAUUCCUGACGUCUUUGCCCUCUCCCGUCUCUUCAAUUUCAGUUCCAAGGCCAUCGUGCCACAGAAUUUCAAUGACACAAUGCAGUAUUAUGAGGUGAUGCAGGUGGUAUUUGAGACAGCACAUGCCGCCUUCCCUGAGUCCCCUUACAUCACCAUAGUGGAGGCCGGACUGCUCCUUGCUCCUGACUUCUUGGCCUACACUGCCUCACUGCUGCCUCUGCUUCACGACCCUAACAUUUUGGGCAUCUCAGCAUGGAACCCUAAUGGGUACCUCAAUGUCUCCACUCGUCCUGACCUUGCGUACAGGGUGGAGGACUUCCCUGGUAUGGCCUUCACCCUGCGCAUGGACACCUACCUGAAGGAGCUGAGGACCAAGAUGAAGGAGUGUUGCAAUAGGAGAGGCUGGGAGGGUUGGUUCCAGGCAGGGCGGAGGGACAGAGAGAUCGUCAUACCAGACAUAUCCCGCGUCCUCCACCGGCCUGUUGGACCUGAACUCGAGCCCUCCACCCCUCUGAUCCACGCACUCUUCCAGCGACUCAGGGCUACCAACCUAGAGAUGAAUGCACCAAUCCUGAACGGAGAGUCACUGGCUGGGCAGAGGUAUGAGACACACCUCUCCACUAUCCUCAACGCCUCCACCACACUCACACCCUCCCGCCAUGACGUGUUGAGGUGUGCUAACGAGGGGGACAUUCAACACCUGCACCUCAACCUUACUACUGACAGACAAGUGGUGCUGGUGCUGCCGUACAAGGAGGGUGACACAGAUGGGUGGGCGGGGAUGAAGCUCCUGUGUCACUGCUUUGGUCUCUUCCACCACCAUGACUCCCCACCCAAGGGACUCCACAAGGGCCUGCUCAGGUUUAGCAUGAAGGGAAGUGAGGUUAUCCUACUGAGUAACCACAGCCCUCACUUCCACACCACCAAGUUUGUCACCACUGCCCUCACUCUGCCCUGAGGAACACCACUACUUCCACUGCUACUACUGCUACUGCUACUACUGUGGAAAUUUAUGCAACUUUCUCUACUUAACUAAUUUUAAGAAAUCAGACUCCUACUACUACUACUACUACUACUACUACUACUACUACUACUACUACUACUACUACUACUACUACUACUACUACUACUACUACUACUACUACUACUACUACUA